UAUUUCUUCGUAAUGGCCGAGCAAAAACUAGGAUCGUCCGUAAAAGAAAGGCCAUCAAAGUGUACAAAACUGUUGGUGGCCGCGAUAGACUUUGGAACUGUUUAUUCCGGCUAUGCUUAUUCGUUCAAAUCGGAAUGGCCUAAUGUUAUGACCAACAAAUGGAGUGGCGGAGAUCUUCUCACAUACAAGACACCGAGCGCCCUGUUGUUAAACCCAGACCAGUCUUUUAAUUCAUUUGGAUUUGAUGCUGAAAAAAGAUAUGCGUCGUUAACAGAUGAUGAAAUCUUGGACCUGGCCAGGUUACGCUCGGACGAUCACGUCAAUCAAACUGGGUGCUAUUGUUUCAAACGAUUGACAAGCGGCAUCAUUUUGAAGUUUGUACAGAGAGUUCACAGAAAAACACAAUGCAUCGCCGAGAAUGGCUUAUCUGUAAAUGCUAUGAAAGUGUUUACUCAUUGCAUCAAUCAUAUGAGAAAACAUCUUCUGAAAGACAUAGAGGAAAAACUGGCAGGCGAAAUAACCAUGGAUGACAUUCACUUUGUUCUGACUGUCCCUGCAAUAUGGGAUGACACUGCAAAGAUGUUUAUGCGAGAAGCUGCUGUGGAUGCGGGAAUAAAAAGCGACCAAUUACUGAUCGCGUUGGAACCCGAAGCAGCCUCUAUAUAUUGUCAACUGAUGCAUUUAGAAUCGAACGAAAACAAGCGAUUUUUUCUGGCGGGAAAAGAAAUUGGUGCAAAAUAUAUGGUCCUUGAUCUAGGAGGAGGAACAGCUGAUAUAACAAUUCAUCAGUUAAAGGAAGACGGGUCGCUAGCUGAGCUCGUCCCGGCGAGUGGAGGCAGUUGGGGAGGAACGUGCAUCGAUAAAGCCUUAAAUGAUUUUCUGACAAAAGUAUUUGGGGAGACUGUCAUGAAGAUAUUUAAGACCGAUCCCGAGUAUUUAGAAGAUUAUUUUGAGUUUUGGCACCGUUUUGAGGUCAAGAAGAGAAAUUUCGAAACCAAGAGCAAUAAGAACGAUGAACAAAAUGAAAAAGAUAAAUCCGAGUCUAGGUUUGCAAUUCAAAUUCCGCUGGCACUUACUGAGAUUGUUGCAAAACAAAAUAAACAAGAUAUGAAAAAAAUGAAAUCGGAUGCAAUCAUAACCAACGCGAUUCAAAAGUCACAAUACAGGAAUGAUUUGACAUUUGAAUACGGCAAAUUGUUUAUGAAAUCAUCCUUUUUUAUGACGAUGUUUAAUCCAACAACGGAACUUAUUAUCAAUCAUUUGAAAAAGCUUUACUUAGAUAUCGGACAGGAUUUAAAAGUAAUUCUAAUGGUUGGGGGUUUUUCGGAGUGCAGCGUUAUCCAAGAGGCUGUCAAAAAGGAGUUUGAAAGAAAAUGCAGAGUGGUUGUUCCUAACCAGGCAGGUCUAGCCGUUGUCAAAGGAGCUGUCUACUUCGGUCACCAGCCAGACCUUAUAACCGAGCGAGUCUCCAGGUACACAUAUGGAAUUCAAACAUGGCCGGCAUUUAAUGAGACUAAACAUGACAAAUCAAAACGAGUCGUAAUGGACGAUGGACCGAGAUGCAGAGACGUAUUUUUCAAAUUCGUUGCCAAAGGAGAUAAAAUAAAGCCAGGAGACAAAAAGUCUUACAUAUUUAAAUCUCUGAGACCAAAUGCCGACACGCUCGAUUGCGGGGUCUUCAUUUCAAAUGAAAAGAAUCCAAAGUAUGUGGACGAUGAAGGGUGUGCAAAGCUUGGGACAUUGAACAUUCCACUUGAUGGGGUCGACAGAAAUGUCGAUAUAGAAGAAUCUUUGAUAUUUGGAGACACAGAGCUACACGUGACUGCUUGCAACUGUAUAAACAAAAUGGAAUACAAAGUAACGUUUGACCUGCUUUCCGAAAACAUCAAUUUCUCUUGAAACAUGAAUGAAGAUUAUCAAAGUGUAGGGUGAGACCAUUAGGGUUUUAUACAAAAAAAAACAUAAGAAAACUUUUAUGUGAUAAAAUUAUAAACGGAUAAAGAAAUAUAUUCAUUGAACUAAACUAUAUUAACAUUUACACUGUAUGUAACAAACUGUAAUAUGUGUGUGUGUGUGUGUGUAUAUAUAUAUAUAUA